CGUUCGCGUUCGAAGUCUCGCGAUACUUGACGCGAGCUCUGGCUCGGUAGAUUCUGAGCUGUGAGCGAUCAUGGCGGAGCGCAGAAGACACAAGAAACGGAUCCAGGAGUUGAGCGAGCCCACCAAGGAGGAGAAGGCGGUGGCCAAGUACAUGCGCUUCAACUGUCCUGCAAAGUCCACCAACAUGAUGGGCCAGCGAGUGGACUACUUCACCGCUUCCAAGGCGGUGGACUGUUUACUGGACUCGAAGUGGGCCAAGGCCAAGAAGGGCGAGGAAGCGCUCUUCACCACCAGAGACUCGGUGCUGGACUACUGCAAUAGGCUCCUCAAGAAGCAGUUCUUCCACCGAGCGCUCAAAGUGAUGAAGAAGAAGUCUGAGAAAGACGCCAAGAAGGACAAGAAGUCCAAGGGUGACAGUGGCAAGGAGGAAGACAAAAAGGGGAAGAAGGACAAAGACAAGAAGAAGGAGGUGACGGAUGCUGGUGAAGCCAAGAAGGACAAGAGUGACGACAGUCCCAAGAAGAAGAAGGAGGUGAAGAAGAAGUUCAAACUGGAGCUGCACGAGGAGCAGCUCUUCCUGGACGGAAACGAGGUCUAUGUGUGGAUUUACGACCCCGUCCACUUCAAAACCUUCGCCAUGGGGCUGGUCCUGGUGAUUGCCGUGAUCGCCGCCACGCUCUUCCCGCUGUGGCCAGCAGAGAUGCGCGUGGGCGUCUACUACUUGAGCGUGGCAGCCGGCUGCUUCGUGGCCAGCAUUCUGCUCCUCGCCAUCGCUCGCUGCAUUCUCUUCCUGCUCAUCUGGCUGGUGACGGGCGGGCGUCACCACUUCUGGUUCCUGCCCAACCUGACGGCCGACGUGGGCUUCAUCGACUCCUUCCGCCCCCUCUACACGCACGAGUACAAAGGCCCGCGAGGCGGCGGCGCCGGCAAGAAGGCCAAAGAGGACAAGGACGCCGGCGGCGCGGACGAGGCCCGCAAGUCGGACAGCGAGAAGAAGGACGAGGAGGAGGAGGACGACGAAGAGGACGACAAGGAGCGUAAAAGCGGCGAGGAGGAAGAGGAGGAGGAAGAGCGCCGCUCGGACACGGACAGCGAGCGCAAGGAGGAGGAAGGAUCGCAACACAGCAACGGCAACGACUUUGAGAUGAUCACCAGGGAAGAACUGGACCAGCACACGGAAGAAGAUGAAGAUGAAGACGAGGAAGACAAAGAGAAGGAGGAGCGCAAAGACACUCAAAUCCACGUGGCUCAAUCAUAAACUCCAAAAGAGGAAUCCCGUCGCGCUCUGCUGACUGUCUGCCCCGCACAACUCAUCUGCCAUCCUUUCCUGCGUCAUUUCUCCUUCGGGUUGCAAAACUCUUGGGAUUUUCCAAAUGGGAAACUUUUCGCGUGAAUUAACGGUAAUAAAGCAAGAAUUUAUCAAAUGUACGUUUGGCUCUUAAUAGAGACCUUUAAACAUAGUUAGGGGCUAAUUAAAGUAAUUUAAUGCCCUCGCAUGUGGGCAAGGAGAGCUAUCUAUUCUACAUGUCUGCUUAUGACAUAUUUACGCUUGAAUGCUUUAUGGAAUCAUGAAAUUACCUUCAAUUCCCAUGGGAUAGUUUCCAGUUUGGAAUACGUUAUUUCCAAAAUUCCCCUUCUUAACUUCCCCUGGAAAUUUACCAGAAUUUCAACCCCCGCCUCCCC